CCCCGAUGCCUCGACGCAAACCAUAACAUCACUACCUGAGAGUACACCCGUCCGCCUGUAGACAAUAAAGUGUCAUUUACAAUUCAUAAACGCACUGUUUACAAUUAUUCCAACGAUAUUCUGUUGUUUAAGAAAGAAAAAAGGAUUCUUUCUGUGGCGGGUCGAUAACUCGGAUCUCCAGGUUUCCUUUCGUUAUGCUUCCAUCACGCUGAUUUCAGAUUCGCCUGUCAUCGUGUGACCGGUGGUCUACAGUGUUUAUUAAAGUCUAGACAUCUCCGAAUGCUUUGCAACCGUUCUCCACGGGAACAAGCGUGGGCAUCGUUCAGCCCACCUGAACGUGUACAACUCAUACUUACCUGGCAAGGGAGAUACCACGAUCAAGAAGGUGGUUCACCCAUAGCGAGGCUCAGCCAUUGCACUGAGGCUGUUGCUGACCCGUGCGAAUUCCCCAAAUGUGGGAAUCUCGAUUGCAUAAUUUCUGGUAGUGGGGGACUGCGUUCGCGCUCUCCCCUGAUCAUGUUGUUCUAAAGAAAUAAUAGCUAUGAAUGGCUUCAUCGCGCUGACUAAUGCCGUCCAUCCCACGUUUUGCAACGCUACGUUUAUUCAAAAGAUCACGCAAACGAUCACGCCCAAGCAGUGUAAUGCAUUACAUUCAGAUGUGGAACUCUGAGUCUGGAAUAACGUAGUCAUUCAUUCAUUCAUUCAUUUCUUUCAUUCAUUAUGGAUCAAAUUAUUGUUUCUGUACAAGUCCCGUCUCUGGCCACAGCAGCGCUCCCACUCAUUAUGGGUUCCUCCUGUAUAAAAGUUAGUAUGGACAAGACAAUAAUUGCUUACGGCCAUACCACCCUGAGCACGCGCGAUCUCGUCUGAUCUCGGAGGCUAAGCAGGGUCAACUCGAGCUCAUUGGCUGCAAUAGAGUUCCGGGUGUUGACGUUGUUGGGGCGGGGAAAACGUGGGCACCACCAUUUUGGCAGUAUUCGGCAGACUGGCGCUCUUGUGGUGGAGCAGACAUGGUCGAUAACUGUUGUGCACCAGGUUGCACAAAUAAACGAGGCAAAAAUAAAUGUACGUCGUUCUACCGCAUUCCUAAAGAUGCGGAGAGGCGAGCUAAGUGGAUCAGCGCCAUUAAAAGAGCCAGGAGCAAGCAAAAAAGACUGAAAAAUGGGACCCCCCGGCUGUUGGAUUCCGCUUGUGCAGCGAUCACUUCAUAUCAGGGCCCGAAAGGACCAAGAGGUGAAAGGGGACCCCAGGGCCCUGACGGGAGGGACGGCAGACCUGGCAACCCCGGCCCUGCUGGGCCCCCAGGACCCCCUGGCCUCGGCAGAAACUUUGCUGCUCAGUAUGAUCACAACAAAGGCGCUGAUAUUGGUCCCGGCCCCAUGGGAAUGAUGGGAAUGAAAGGCCAACCUGGACUUCCCGGCCCCCCUGGAGAAGGAGUGAUAAUCCCUUGAGUCCGGACUUUGUUCCAUCUCUUUUCAACUACGUUCCAUCUCCAGAGAAGAGGAAAAGAAAAAUGAGACUGGAGGUUUUCAACAGACGACAGGGAGCAAAGCUACAGAAGAUGGAGCAGACAAAGCUAUCUGCGAAAGCCAUCCCUCCCAGAGCAUCAACAGAUUGUCCCCAAGACUGCAACAAGGAUCCUACUGCAGAGCAAAGUCCCACCACAGAGCCUUUGAAGGAAUCUACCCAUGAAGAACCUGGAAACGAUGUCCAGCCUGUUCUCCAUGAGGAGGAUCCAGCAACCCCACCAUGCACCACUGAAACCUGUGGUAAACGCGUCCAAUCUCUUGAGCAAGAAUGCCAAGCUCUGAGGACUGAAAAUAUGUUGUUGAAGGAAAAAAUGAAUAGGACUACACUGAAUGAGAUGAGCUUGCAUAACGAUGAUAAAAGGGUUCAUACUCUCACUGGUUUAUCAGCAUUCUCCAUUCUCAUGACAAUUUUUCAUAUUGUGGCUCCUUUUCUCCAACUUAAAUCUAGUUUAACAUGUUUUCAGCAGUACAUGUUAACUUUAAUUAAGCUUAGAAUGAACUUGUCCUUUGAGUUUUUGGCUUUUUAUUUUGACAUUGACUCAACCACUGUUUCAAAGCUCUUCAAACACUGCAUUAGUGUGAUGCAUUGUAGACUGGUGCCAAGUCUGGUGUUGUGGCCUGACAGAGAAUACUUAAGAAAAUCUCUUCCAUAUGCAUUUCGAAACCGUAGCUUUGAAAAGACAGUUUGCAUUAUAGAUUGUUUUGAAAUAUUUCUAGAGAAACCCAGUAGAUUGCUAGCCAGUGCUCAGUGUUACUCAUCAUACAAAUCACACCACACAAUGAAAUAUUUAAUUGCAAUUUGCCCUCGAGGUUCCAUUUGUUUCAUUUCCGCUGGAUGGGGAGGUCGCACAAGUGAUACGUUUAUCACAGAACAAAGUCACUUUUUAUCUCAUUUGCUCCCAGGGGACGUAGUUUUAGCGGACAGAGGUUGUCUGGUUAAAGAGUCCAUUGAGAGAUGCCAAGCUGAAUUAAAAAUUCCAGCAUUUACUCGUGGAUAGAAGCAGUUAGAUCCUGCUGACUUGGAGAACACCAGACGUCUAGCCUCUCUUAGGAUACAUAUUGAAAGAGUGAUAGGAGUUCUCCGUCAAAAGUACACAGUCUUGCAAAGCACUGUCCCCAUAUGUUUCACGGACAUAGACAGGGAAAAUGAUGUGGCCUACCUUGACAAGAUGGUGAGCGUGUGUUGUGCACUUACAAAUGUGUCUGAAUCUGUGGUGUCCUUCCAGUGAUGGGGAUUUACAGUAAAUUGAACUGAUGUGACUGGCUACAGAUGUGCUCAACCAGCAAAUAAACCUUUGUGACUCACACUUCUUGCUUGCUUGUCGUGACAUUAUUUUUAAUCACUCGCUAUUCUGAUGCGAUCACAUCGUUUCUCUUUGCAGAUCAAGCUGCACAUCCACCCAUUCUAACUUGAGUUCCACCCAAACAGAUAUUUGUUCUGGUGUGUUUUAUAUGAAUGACCCACCCAUGUUUCAUAUCCCUGAUUGCUACAGAUAUCUAAUACAAAUUAUGGGGAAGAGAACAAUAUUGGUUUAACAACUGUUUAUUCAUAAAUAACAGUACAGUAUCAGCUACUACAAACAACUCAUUUCACAGUCUCCUCACUAAGGUUUUCUUCUUUGGGCAUUGAUCACUUUUCGGCAGAUGGGACAUACCCACUGUUUUGGGACCCUUUUCAUGCGAAGGCAGGUCUGGUGAAACUUUUUAACUGAACAAAAACCUGACGCACAGACCACCAUGUUCCCUGCUUCUGGCUCAGGGCAGUAGCACCACUGUUGUUGACUAUGAUCAGCAAAUGCUGCUGCUGCUGGUGCUGGUUUCUGUGCAGAAAAACACUUUACUGCCUAAUUAACAGAAAGGUCCUUUGCAGAAAAUGGGCACUUAAUUUCUAUGACACCUGAACCACAGCAGCUACAGGAAACGUAUCCAUCAGGUGAGGCCCCAAUGCAGGGGUGAAAUCCUGAAUCCAGCUGUUCCUACCAUGACAUUCGUGUGUGAGAGGCGAUGACGCAUUUCAUAGUAUUUCCUUGCCAAGUCCUCGUGUUGACAUCCCCAACUGAAGAAAACAACAAUAACAUUAGUUUUGGACAAUAGUAAUGCCACCCCACAUUGGUACCGCCCUGCUCUUUCAAAAGGAUACUACCUACUUGGUUUAACACUCCUGCUUUUUAAGAAUAGUACUUCCUGGAUUUACCCUCCCUGUUAUUGUACCUACUUCACAUUCAUUUGAUUGUACACCAUCUGGAAAUGACCAUUUUACACACAGGAGCAGUUACACACUGCAUGCCCUGUUUUACCCUAAUCCUUCUAUGCUCAUGAAUACCUGGUAGCCUCACUGGUGAAACUAUGGGACUUUUGGGUAGCAUAUUUGUCUUAUUAGAGACACUGCAGGCUUUCUGACGUCUGUCUUUGUGGCUGCUCUGAAGGUAGUUAUAUCUAUCCGGAUACUGCAGAUCUGGGACGUCUUCUUCAGCGGA